UAAUAAUUGGGAUAGGAAAGUCAAUAAGAAAUAUUUCAUGGUCUGUCUAGAAAUUAAAAUAAUAAAAUUAUUAAUAAUUGGGCAGUGAAGCCUGGGCUUGAGCCCAAAAGAAACCCUAAAACCAAUAGGUAGGGAGACUAUAAAAAGGAGAGGGGAUAUACCAGAGAGAGGGGAAUAGAGAAAGAAAGAAAGAAGAAAAUGUCUUUGGGAGAAAAAGAGAUAGGGUAUUGGAGACCAAUGAUAGUGUUUAACGAUCCGGAGCCCAAAGACGUGCUGGCGCGGCUGAAAUUGAGUGGGGUGAAGAUCGAGGUAGACGAAGAACAUCUCAUGCGGUUUAUCGAAUCCUUCCUCAGUCGAUUUCUGCCGUGUUAUUGGGGGUCAGUGAUCGGCGAGAUCUCCAAUGCGAUCAGACGAGAGCUUGUUAAAUCCAGGAAAGAAAUUGACGUCAACUUGGUCAGACAAGUUGAUGAGUAUUUUAAAAAACAAGGCAAGAAGAAGGACGGCUCGGGGGAUGAGUGGUCUGAUGAAGAUGAACCAGAAGAUUCGGAUGUGGGUUCGGAAGAGGAAGAGGAAGAGGAAUCGGAUUCCGAAGAUGAUAUGACGGAGGAGGCCAAGCCCAAGGAGGAGGAGAAAAAGAUAGAUCAUUUGAAAGAUGAUCCAACGACGAGAAAAAGAUGCAUGGACCGUCUGUCAUAUCUGGCCCGGGAGGAGAAAGGAAUGAGUGUGAAACAAGGGGAGGAGGAGGCGAUCCUGGAAUUGAUGAUUCCCCUCCUUCGGAGAUUCAGUUCGUCUUUCAACGGCAUCAUGUUUUUCCUGGACAGAGUGAGCGAGUAUAUCGAAAGGUGCUGCAGCAGGCUCGAUAAUUUGGACACAGUGGAGGCGGCCCUUCAGAGUGCAAGUUUUCGUGAGUACUGGAAAGCAAAGACACAGGAGGAGGAGGAUAUGGUUGUUCAUGCUAAUAAGGACCAACCGUCAAAGAAGAACUUGGUGCCAACUAAAGAAGAAGGGUUUGCUACCCCCGUGAACCAGAUAAAACAAGAAGAAGAAAAAAGAGAAUCUGGAGAUAUAAUGGAAGUUGAAGAAACAGAGAUUUCGUUGAUGCCCUUGAACAUGCCAGCGCAGCCGAAAGAAAGUAUGGGAAAUGCUUAUUCCUAUAUCAAAGAAAGUUUGGAAAGGGCUGGAGGUAACAAGAGAAAGCUUGCCCAGGUCUAGUCCGGGUAUUAGUUGUUUAAGAGUGUACGUUGGGGAUACGAGUUAAGAGUAUGUUGGGGAUACGAGUUAAGAGUAUGUUGGGGAUUUGGGUUGAUAGUUUGGAACACUGAUCUGAGAUAUUGACAUUUAGCAAUGAGAAUUAUGCGGUUUUCUGUGUAGUUUUUCGAUUACAUGAGAGUAUGUAAAGUUCAGUUUCAGAAAAUCGUUUCAUACAGAUUCUUCUUUGGGGAAUAUAACCUUAUAUGCAGUCUUGUACGUGUAAC